GCUAAUUCAAAGUAAUUUAAAUCGUGUAAACAAGAAAGUAGAAAUUACCUAUUUUUUCAUUUUUUCUGGCCUUUUACUUCCUUUAUAUUGUUAAGAGAUAAAUUAUUGUAAAAAUGACAACCUCGUAACAUUUAUUGUAUCAGAAGCAUCAAGACGCAGAGGAAGACGCUUCUUAAUGUGUUGGUGAACGAUCAAGAGAUGUCGCCGCCAACAUUUUUUGCUCUGUUAGUAUUCGCUGCAUUGGCUGUAGGAGAGACGGCUUUCACAACAUGCGAACGAAAAUACAAAAAAAUCGGCUGUUUUGCACAGUCAGCAACUAUUAUGCAAGAACAACUUGUCAACGAUCGUGACGUCACGAGCAAAUAUUUCCAAAACCACAUACUUAGCUGGCGGGAGUUUGAUAAAUCCCUUCACAGUUUGGCCUGUCGUUGUUAUGAAGCUGCAAAAAAGAAAGGUUUUACUUAUUUUGCAAUUCGAUAUUAUGGGGAAUGCCAUGGAGGAAAAGAUGAUGAAGCACUUUCACGGCUGUUAAAAACUGGUCAUGGCAAAUCAAAUAACUGUGUAAAUGUCAAUUUUGUUACUUGUACAAAUCAUGGAGAAGGGACCGAAUGUGCUGGUGGUGCAAACGCAGAGUAUAUGUACAGUGUUGAAAGCAAGACAGAUACUAAUGUUGAUGGUGGGUAUGGUCCUUGGACACCAUUUUCCUAUUGUACACAGACUUGUGGCCAAGGUGUUAAAAUUCGAGAGAGAGUAUGCAAUAAUCCAGUACCCAAAGGAGAUGGAAAAGAUUGUACUGCAAUUGGACCCUCAAGUGAAGUUGUGGAUUGCAAAGAUAGGGAUUGUCCAAUUCAUGGUGGGUUCUCAUCCUGGACAUUGUUUAAUGAGUGCUCACAGACAUGUGGUGUUGGUGUUUCCACACGCUAUCGCUAUUGUACAAAUCCAAGGCCUGAACAUGGUGGAAUGAUCUGUGUUGGUUGGAAUCAGGAAACUAAAGUUUGUAAAAAUGCAGAAUGUCCAAUCAAUGGAGGGUUUACCGACUGGAGUGUACCAUCAUCUUGUUCUGUUACAUGUGGGAAGGGUAUUCAGACUCAAACAAGAACAUGCACGAAUCCAGCGCCAAUGCAUGGAGGCUUAGAUUGUGAUGGUGACUUAGAAAUGACUACAGUAUGUACUAACAACCCAUGCCCUGUUGAUGGUGGUUUGACUGCAUGGUCUAGUUAUUCUGCCUGUUCCAAAGUCUGUGGGGAUGGUACAAUGAAAAGAACUCGCACAUGUACAAAUCCCACACCAGCCCAUGGUGGUAAAGAUUGUACUGGAUCACUCGUGGAUGAACAAGCUUGCAAAUUAAAAGAAUGUCCGAUUCAUGGUCAAUGGGGCAGUUGGUCAACAUAUUCAACUUGUUCUAAGACCUGUGGAUUGGGAACAGCUUUACGAAAACGUGGAUGUACCGCUCCUGUUCCCCAACAUGGUGGAGAUAACUGUGUUGGUGAUGCCGAAGAAAUAAAGCAAUGCAAAUUAAAGGAAUGUCCAGUUAAUGGAUAUUAUAGUCCAUGGUCCUUGUUUUCUGCUUGCUCUGAGACGUGUGGUGAUGGAAGAAAGACCCGAUCUAGAACAUGUACCAAUCCUGCUCCCCAACACGGUGGAAAGGAUUGUGCUCGAAUUGGUGCUGCUAAGGAAACUGUACAUUGUAAGGUUAUAGAAUGCCCAGUUGAUGGAGGGUUUACCCAAUGGAGUGAAUUUUCAUCUUGCUCCCAAUCAUGUGGAAUAGGCUCACAAGAACGUAAACGAACAUGCACGAAUCCACCGCCACAACACAAUGGUCAAAAUUGUGUUGGUGAUACUGUUGAAGAAAGACAGUGCAAAAUAAAAGAAUGUCCAAUUAAUGGUCACUGGUCACCAUGGAGUUCAUUUGAAGAUUGCUCUAAAAGUUGCGGUAACGGAGUGACCUCCAGAACACGAACAUGUACAAAUCCUGCACCAAAGCAUGGUGGUAAAUCAUGUGUUGGUUCAUCAGAUGAAUCAAAAACUUGCAAGAUUGUUGAAUGUCCAAUUGAUGGAGGUUGGACCGCGUUUUCUCCAUAUGGUUUUUGUUCACAGACUUGUGGUGUGGGCGUCCAAGAAAGAAGCAGAUAUUGCACCAAUCCUGUACCCUCUCAUGGAGGAGAUGAUUGUAUUGGUGACGCAAAAGAAACACGAUUCUGUAAAGACAAAGAAUGUCCAAUUGAUGGUGGAUUAUCCCCUUGGUCUGCAUUUUCUGCCUGUUCGGAGACUUGUGGCAAUGGAAUUCAAAACCGACAACGUACCUGUACUAAUCCAUCUCCUCAACAUGGUGGAAAAGGUUGCACUGGUAACUUGAAAGAAACACGAGCUUGUAAAAUAAAAGAAUGUCCAGUAAAUGGUGGUUUCACUUCUUGGUCAACCUAUGGAAGCUGCUCAAAAGCAUGUGGAAUUGGUCAUCAAGAACGUACCCGUUCAUGUACUAGCCCAUCCCCUGCUCAUGGUGGAGAUGAUUGUGUAGGAGAAACAUCUGAAACAAGACAAUGUAAAAUUAAAGAAUGUCCAGUUAAUGGUGGUUUGUCUCCAUGGACUGAAUUUGGAGCAUGUGAUAAAACAUGCGGAGAUGGAGUUGAAACACGCACCCGAACUUGCACGCAUCCUGCACCAGCACAUGGUGGUAAAAAUUGUGUUGGUCGUACCCUUGAGUCACGAUCAUGUAAAGUCAAAGAAUGUCCAGUUAAUGGCGGUUUCACUGAAUGGUCAUCAUAUGGAACAUGUUCCGAAUCAUGUGGACAUGGAACACAAGAACGAACUCGAUCAUGUACCAACCCUGCUCCAGCCCAUGGUGGGUUAAAUUGCAGUGAAGACGUGUCACAAACACGGGCUUGUAAAAUCAAGGAAUGUCCAGUUGAUGGAAAAUUCAGUGAGUGGGGGGCAUUUGCAGCAUGUUCUGCAACUUGUGGUGGUGGUGUUGAACAGCGCACACGAACAUGCACAAAUCCUGCUCCUGCGCAUGGUGGAAAAGCUUGUGUUGGUGGAAAAAAAGAAACAAGAGCUUGCAAAGUCAAGGAAUGUCCAGUGGAUGGUGGUUUCACUACUUGGUCAAACUAUGGAAGUUGUUCAAACCCAUGUGGAAUUGGUUAUCAAGAACGUACCCGUUCAUGUACUAGCCCAUCACCUGCUCAUGGUGGAGAUGAUUGUGUAGGACAAACAUCUGAAACAAGACAAUGUAAAAUUAAAGAAUGUCCAGUCGACGGUGGAUUCUCCGAUUGGUCUGAUUUCGGAGGAUGUUCAGUAACAUGUGGUAAUGGUCAACAAAUGCGUAACAGAACAUGUUUGAACCCCAAACCUGCUCAUGGUGGAAAAUCUUGCAGUGGUGCUUUUUCAGAAACAAAAUCUUGCAAUGAAAAGGAAUGCCCAGUUAAUGGCGGUUUCACCGAAUGGUCAUCCUAUGGAACAUGUUCCGAAUCAUGUGGUCAUGGAACACAAGAACGAACUCGAUCAUGUACCAACCCUGCUCCAGCCCAUGGUGGAGACGACUGUGUAGGAGACUUAUCAGAAACAAAAACAUGCAAAGUAAAAGAGUGUCCUGUUGAUGGUGGAUUCACCCAAUGGUCAUCUUUUGGUGCGUGUUCACUUACGUGUGGCGAUGGGCUGAAGCAUCGCCACAGAGCGUGCACCAAUCCUACACCAGCUCACGGUGGUAAAGCAUGUACAGGACCAACUGUGGACACUCAAUCUUGUAAAGAGAAAGAAUGCCCAGUUGAUGGCGUGUUUACACCUUGGUCAUCGUACACUGAAUGUUCUAAAACAUGUGGCGAUGGAAGUCAAACCCGUUCGCGUUCCUGCACAAACCCUGCACCCGCUCAUGGUGGACAAAAGUGCAGUGGUGCAACAACUCAGAGUCAAUUAUGCAACUUACGUAAAUGUCCUGUACAUGGUGGAUUCACAACAUGGUCUACCUACGGAGCGUGUUCCGAACUGUGUGGAGUAGGAGAACAAGAACGCACACGUUCAUGUACCAACCCAGUACCUGAUCAUGGUGGAGGAGAGUGUAUGGGGGAUUUUUCUCAAACUAGAGUUUGCAAAAUUAGGGAAUGCAAAAUAAAUGGCGGAUAUUCUUCGUGGUCCAGGUUCACAUCUUGUUCGAAAUCAUGUGGAGAAGGUACUCAAAGUCGAACUCGUGCGUGCAUCAAUUCAAGACUCGAUUGUUCAGGUCCUUCUAAAAACACUCGAAUGUGUAAAGUAAGAGAAUGCCCAGUGGAUGGUGGUUUAACAUCAUGGACACCGUUCAGUGGAUGCUCUUUAACGUGUGGUCAUGGUACUCAAGUGCGCACGAGAAGUUGUACGAAUCCAGCGCCUGCACAUGGGGGAAAAGGGUGUACAGGAUAUUUGAAGCAAUCAAGAACUUGUAAAGAGAGAGAAUGUCCAGUACACGGAAGAUUUACAAAAUGGUCAUCGUUUACCCCCUGUUCGGAAACUUGCGGUACUGGAACUCGUCAGAGAACUCGAUCUUGUACAAAUCCUGCGCCUGCUCAUGGUGGAAAGCCAUGUUCAGGACCAACCGUGUAUACACAAAGUUGUAAAGUUAAGGAAUGUCCAGUCAAUGGUGGUUUAAGUCAAUGGUCAUCAUACAGUAGAUGUUCGAAAACAUGCGGUGUUGGUUACCAGCAACGUGUAAGAAGUUGUACAAAACCCAGACCAGCCCAUGGUGGAAAACCGUGCACAGGUGCUCUCAAACAAACACGCGGUUGCAAAGUUAAAGAUUGUCCAGUUCAUGGAUUGUGGGGAAGCUGGGGAGCGUAUAGUGAUUGUUCUGUCACCUGCGGUGGAGGGAUUCGUCAGAAGUUCCGUGCUUGCAAUAAUCCUGCACCUGCACAUGGUGGAAGAACAUGCUAUGGUUCGAACAGAUUUGUUAGUGUAUGCAACACGAAACAUUGUCCGGUUGAUGGCGGUUUCACUUCUUGGUCCAAAUACAGUCGAUGUUCAAAAGCCUGUGGAAUGGGUAAUCAAGUGCGCAGAAGAACAUGCACCAAUCCGACGCCAGCGCAUGGUGGCGCAGCCUGUAGUGGUGCAACGUCGCAAUCAAGAACAUGCAAAGUAAAAAACUGUCCAGUGAAUGGUAACUGGGGUAAUUGGGGUUCAUACGGUUCAUGUUCAGCAACUUGUGGAGGUGGAGCAGAAGAACGUUUCCGAGCUUGUAACAAUCCAGCACCGGCUCAUGGUGGAAAGAACUGUGCAGGAAGCAAUCGAGCUGUUCGUGUUUGUAGCACAAGCAAAUGUCCAGUGGACGGUAAUUGGUCAUCUUGGUCGUCUUAUGGACAUUGCACGAAGACAUGUGGGAUGGGCGCACAACAAAGGAUGCGUUUUUGUAUCAACCCACCUCCAUCAAAUGGUGGAAAGCCAUGCGCAGGACCUAUGGUGACAACACGAACAUGCAAACAAAAGGAUUGUGCAGUUCACGGCCAGUGGUCACAGUGGUCUGGCUAUGGCCGGUGCACUCGAACUUGUGGAAGCGGUGUCCAACAGAGGAUGAGAUUCUGCAACAGUCCUCCACCAUCACUCGGUGGAAGAGAUUGUAGUGGACCCAUGGUAACUACGAGAACAUGCAAAGACAGGGAAUGUCCAGUUGAUGGUGGUUUCACAAAAUGGUCAGGAUUUGGCGCAUGCUCGAAAGCAUGUGGUGUUGGCAGCCAGGUGCGUACAAGAUCGUGUACGAAUCCUAGACCAGCUCAUGGUGGAGAAAAGUGUGAUGGAAGUACACGACAUUCAAGAACAUGCAAGAUAAGAGACUGCCCAGUGAAUGGUAACUGGGGCAAUUGGGGUUCAUACGGUUCAUGUUCAGCCACUUGUGGAGGUGGAGUAGAAGAACGUUUCCGAGCUUGCAACAAUCCAGCACCGGCUCAUGGUGGAAAGAAAUGUGUAGGAAGCAAUCGAUCUGUUCGUGUUUGUAGCACAAACAAAUGUCCAGUUAACGGUGGAUUUUCAUCUUGGUCAAGAUAUGGUGCUUGUACUAAAACCUGUGGUCCUGGCAUCCAAACACGCACAAGAUCGUGCACCAACCCAACCCCAGCGCAUGGUGGUAAGCCAUGCUAUGGUGGCACCUCCCAAAGAAGAAAUUGUCUGUUACGUCACUGUGCAGUAAAUGGAAACUGGGGAGGAUGGAGUGCUUUCGGAUCGUGUUCUCAAAAAUGUGGAGGAGGGAUACAAAAAGCAUAUCGCCAUUGCAACAACCCGCGUCCAAGUCAUGGUGGAGUAGCGUGCAAAGGUGGUAACACCUUUGUACGUGCGUGUAAUACGCAGAAAUGUGCCGUGAACGGAAACUGGGGAGGAUGGGGACCAUAUGGAAAGUGUUCUGCUACCUGCGGCGGUGGCGUCCAAGCCACUUAUCGAUCAUGUAAUAAUCCAGCACCCGCCUACGGUGGGGCGCAAUGUCCUGGCAGCAACAAGUACGUCAGAGCGUGCAACACCCAAAACUGCCCAGUCAACGGAAAAUGGGGUACAUGGGGUACGUAUGGGCACUGCUCCGCUAAAUGUAACGGUGGUGUUCGUGAACGAUAUCGGUCUUGCAACAACCCAGCCCCUGCACAUGGAGGUGCAAAAUGUCCAGGUUCUAACAAAUACGUGCAGGCUUGCAACACUCAAAAAUGUCCCGUUAAUGGUGGUUUUACGUCCUGGUCUUCCUAUGGUUCCUGCUCCAAAUCUUGUGGAGUUGGAUCCCAAAUUCGUUCGAGAUCUUGUACAAAUCCCAGACCAGCGCAUGGAGGCAGAGGUUGUUAUGGUGCUGUCAGGCAGAGCCGAUCUUGCAAAGUAAAAGAAUGUGCAGUGAAUGGAAAUUGGGGAAAUUGGGGUCACUAUGGUAGUUGCUCGGCCCACUGCAAUGGUGGAAUACGAACAAGACACAGAUAUUGCAACAACCCUGCACCAUCACAUGGAGGGGGAGCAUGCUAUGGAGCAAGUAAGAUGGUACAAGCGUGCAACACUCACAAGUGUGCAGUCAACGGCAACUGGGGUAAUUGGGGUAGCUAUGGAGCUUGUUCCGCUCAUUGUGGUGGUGGCAUCAAGAAACGUUUUAGACACUGCAACAACCCGACUCCUGCUCACGGUGGAAGGAACUGUGGUGGAUCCAACACUAUGGUACAUGCAUGUAACACGCACAAAUGUGCAGUCAAUGGUAACUGGGGAUCCUGGAGUGCGUACGGAGCAUGUUCAGCCAAAUGUAAUGGUGGCGUGAAAACUCGAUAUCGUCAUUGUAACAAUCCAGCGCCCUCAAAUGGCGGCAGGGCGUGUGCGGGAGGCAGUACGAUGGUGGGAGCCUGCAACACACACAAGUGUACAGGAUGGUCUGGUUGGGGACACUGGGGAGCAUGCACGUUGCCAUGCAAUGGUGGUAUUCGAUUCCGCAUGCGCAACUGCUUCUCAUAUCCAUGUCCUGGAUCAACGUCUAUGAUUGGAGUGUGUAAUAUGCACAGAUGUACUGGGAAGUAGAGACGAAAGAAUUAAUCGAACAAAUCGUCAUGUCUGACUAUUAUUUUAUGUUUGUUUACAAAUUUAUAUCAGUGUUAUUUUUUUUCUUGUGAUUUAAAGAAUAUAUGUUCUUACGGUUUA